AUGCCUUCCGUCGUAUGUCACGCCGGAAUAAGCGACGACUACUACUACUCCUACUGCCCGUCGCUGGGGGCAUCGGUGCUCUUCGCCGUUCUCUUCGGGCUCAGCACGACCGUCCACGUCCUCCAAGCGAUCCACUACCGCAAAGCCUUCGCCACGGUCCUGAUCAUGGGCGCCGCGUGGGAAACAGGAGGGUACAUUGUGCGCGUGCUGUCCAUCUACCACCAGCUCAACGGGACGCUCUACACGGUGCAGAUGCUUCUCAUCCUGCUCGCGCCGCUGUGGAUCAACGCGUACAUCUACAUGCUGCUGGGGAGGAUGAUCCACUUCUUCCUCCGGACCGAUAGCGUGUUUAGGAUCCCCUCACGCCGCAUCACGCGCAUGUUUGUGCUCUUCGACAUCACCGCGUUUCUCAUCCAAGCGGUCGGCGGCGUCAUGACCACUCCGGACGCGAGCGCCCAGACCCAAAGGCUCGGGAUGGACAUCUACAUGGCGGGCGUGGGCGUGCAACUCGCCUUCCUCGCGACCUUUACCUCUUUGGCCGUGAGGUUUCAGUUGAACUUGAAGAAACAGGAACGACAAUCAUCGUCACGACUGUUUCAAAGAAGAGAUGACGAUGACGAAGCUGGUAUCAUUCUGGACGAAGGGCAGAACGCCCUGACAGACCUGCGAGCAGACGAUGCCGCGACGUACCCUUCUCCGGAGCUGGCAAGGAGACCCCUCCUCGUCACCCUGUACGCCGUCAUGGCACUCGUCAUCGUGCGCAACGCCUACCGCCUCGCCGAGUUCUCGACCGGCGCCACCAGCCCGGCCGUCACGCACGAGUGGUUCGGCUACGUCUUCGACGCACUCCCCAUGUUCGCCGCGAGCGUGAUUCUGAACGUCUGGAACCCGGGCAAGAUCCUACAGGGCCCGAGGAGCGGUUUCGCCGAACAAGACAAAGAGCGAAAGCGGGCGAAGAAGGCGAGAAAGGUGGCCAGGAAGGAAGCGAAAAAGGAAGCGAAACGGAUGCGUGAGAAUGAAAAGUAA